UCGCAGAUUGCCGCCGCCGCCGCUGUUGCUGCCGCUGUUGUCGCCGCCGCCGCCGCCGCCGCUGGCCAGCGAAACACCAUCAUCCCAAUUGCGCCACGAUGCCGUCAGACAUCGACAGGCGGCCGCGGCCGCCCCCACUGAUCACGAUCUCUGGCGCCGUCGUCUCUUAUAUCCACACCAUCUUUGGCUUCCUGGCCUUUGGCAGUGCCCUUGCCAUGGGCCUCUCGCUGCACUACAAAAAGAUUGUCAAAAACGGCGUCGCCGGCUGGCCAGAUGAGUUCUGGCCCAGCGUCAGCGCAACAAUUGGCGACUGGUACCCGGAGCGCAACCUGUUCCAGAUUGGGAUUGCUCUCAUGUCGGGACCACGUUUCAUGCUCGUUAUGCUUUCCUCGCUUCUUGUCUCGCUUUCCAACCCGAGGUCCUACCAUUCGCGCAUCCUUCUAGUGGUCGGCGCUUUGAGAACCAUCGCCUGCGGCGGGUGGGUCUACGUUACGUCGAGCGACGAUCACGACGUUCACGACAUCGCCAUGGCACUCUACUUGAUCCUGACGCCCCCAUGGAUGUACAUAACGAGCGGCAGUCUGGCCACGCAGCCCAAUAAGGAGCAGCUUUCAAACGCAUCUCAAAACGACGCGCUGGCAGAUCGGGCAAAGAAGAUGCGAAGGUGGGCCUCUGGCCUCUUCUUCGGCAUGAUGCCCUUCAUGGUGCACUUUUUCUAUCGUCACAAGGUCUUGGAGAUUCCAGGCGCCUACACCCAGUACGCAUUCUUUGAAUGGGGCCUUAUCAUAUUCGAUCUUCUCUUCGACUGCGCCUCAAUGUGGGACUUGUCCCGGCUCGAGAUCCACAUAGUCGAGGCACGGAGCCCGGCGGGUCCCAUGGGCAGCGCUGGCGACGGAGGGAGCUCUCUUUGGGGCGGUGCCUGGGCGCUCGGUGGGACAUACAAAGCCGUGUCGACUGGUGCAUGGAGCACGAUUCCUCCCGAGCCGCCUCUCGCAUCAUCUGUCAAAGAUCACGCUAUGGAUGACGGAGAACCCCCCUUGGCAAAAGACGCUGUCGCAUACCUUUCCGAAUGCUACAUUGCCCUCUGCUGGUGGACGACGCUUACGGCGCUUCACCCCCAAAUAUUCUUCUUCAGCGUUUACAACAUGGGUGUUGGCGGUCACGAAGUCCUUCUCGUGAUACAAGUUCUGGGAUUGGCAGCCACGUUCCUCCCGUUCGUUCGAAGGGCGCUCAUCGAUGAGAGCCGACCUGACUCGCCAUUCGUCGGCAGCAUUGAUACCCGAAUCGUUGCCAUUCUCUACGCCCUCUCCUUGACUGGCAUGUGUGUCUGGAAAGUCGACGACCAGCUCGUACGCCUGCUUGGCACAGCACUGGGGGCUCUGAGCUUCGCGAUUCUCAGCGCACUCGAGUGGUCUCACGCAUGGGAGACGUCUCAGGUCGAGAGGAAGGCUACUGCGUGGAUCGUCGGCUUGCUCUUUUCAAGUUUGGCAAAGUACGCAAAUCACAGCAACAAUCCUUUCUGGCCCUUUCUCAACGGUACAAAUGGGGGUCUCAAUGCACUAGGUCUCAUCCUAGCUGCUGCUGCAGCCUCCGAAAGAGUGACGACACACGCUGCGAGCAAGAGCCGGCCGCUUCCCAUGCUCGCGCGUUCACGCCACUCACUGGCGAGCGCUUGGGCCGCGUCGCUUUCGUUGGGAGCCCUCAUCUUUGCCUUUCAUGUCCACCUCUCCGACUCUGGAUCACUCAUUGCAUGGACGUGGACCGGCUUCCCAAUUGAAGGACCGACUGCAAUUUUAAAUGGGCGCCAUUUCUUAUCCGUCUCGGCCGUCUCGACACUCGUCUCCCUUGUGGUGCCCACCAUGGCCACCAACCCGCUGUUCCACAUCUUGGGCUACGCUUCUACUUACGUUGUCUUGCGAUAUGAAGCCUGGCGCGGGUUUGUGGGAGCGCUUGGAGUCGCCUUCUUUCUUCCGCCACUUACGGUCCCCAUCUUACGUCUGGCUGGCCGUCAUCACCCUCUCAAGAUCAUGCUCGGCGCCUGGCUUGUGGCCGAUCUCUUAGCCUUUCUCCAAGUCUUAACGGUGGCAUAUGCUUUCCUUCCAGGGGCCAUGGUGAUGCGAGAGCAUACAGGCGCUAUGAUGGUGGUGCAGCUGACUUUCCUCACCAUCGGUCUACUAUUUUCGCGCAAGGAAGGACUCGUCGACCCGGCAGCGAGGGCUUCGCCUGCGCGAAUCAAGCGGCUUGCAUAUCUCACCGUACCUCUCCUCGUCGCCCUCAGUCUUGCAGCUAGAAUGGUCCCCUCUGCUCGUUCCGUGCCGCCCAGCGCCAUAACGCCCUAUCAUUCAUCGGAGGAUCGAGUCGUCACUGCUGGCAUUUGGACGGUGCACUUUUCCCUGGAUCAGGGAAUGUGGGACAGCACCCGCCGCAUUUCGAAUCUUGUUCGAGACGUGGAGCUCGAUAUCGUUGGCCUCCUCGAGACAGAUUUACACAGGACUGUGUUUGGCAACCGCGAUAUGUCCCAAUUCCUCGCUGAGGACCUGGGCAUGUAUGCCGACAUUGGUCCUGGGCCCGACAAGCACACAUGGGGUGCGAUUCUGCUGAGUAAAUUCCCCAUCAUCAAUUCGACACACCACCUUCUCCCAUCGCCUCAUGGCGAACUAGCGCCGGCCAUCCACGCUGUACUCGACAUCUGGGGAGUCCAUACACACGUCGUGGUGAGCCACAACGGCCAGGAAGAAGAUCCCCUGGAUCGGGAGCUACAAACGACGGAAUUGGCAAGGAUUCUGCGCGAAGCCUACCCACACCCAGCCAUCUUCCUCGGUUACGUUGUUACGAAGCCCCAUGCGCCGAGGCCCAAUCCAUACGACAUCCUUUUCAACGAUGGCAAGAUCCAAGAUGUGGACCCUUCAGACUGGAAUCGAUGGUGCGAGUACAUUGGAUUCCGGGCGCUCGAGCGGAUCGGAUAUGUUCGUGUCAGUCGGUAUACCGUAUCGGACACAGAGCUGCAGACGGUCAAGCUACUCGUCCCGCCAGUGGGACAAGCCGUCGAUCCGGAUCGGGAUGUUCGACCGGUGGAGAUAGAUAAUUCGACCGUGCCAGCAUCAUGGCAGUACCCUCACAGGUUCAUAGAUCCACCAGCUAUGGUCUACAACAAACACAAGUACUCGCCGCAUUACUAUCCCAAGUACUUUGCUCCUCAUGCUCCGCCCACGUGAGACAAAGCCAUGAAUUGUACAGUACACGAUUCAAAAUUUGAGAGAUGUGCCAUAUCGGAGGGCUGUGAAAGGGACGCGGCGGCCUUGUAUUGCAGUC